CAAUGCCACGCAAAUUUCCUCCUUGUUGUUGUCGUCGAGCGUCGCUCAUCAACGUCAACAACAUCAGCAGCGUCAACAACAUCAGCAACAUCAGCAGCAGCAGACAACAACAACAGCAGCAGCAACAACAACAACAACAACAACAACAACAACAACAACAGAAGCAACGUUAUCGGCAACUGGAGGAAGAGCACGGUGUGCGAGAGCAAUUGGUCCGGGACGCCGAGUACGCCAGUAACGGACAUCACCGUCGCCGUCACGAAGAACAACAACAACAACAACAACAACUACUACAACAGCAGGAAGACCAAGGUCGCGAGCAACGAGAGGUGGAAGAAUCGUCGUAUCGAGAUCGCGGCGAAGCCGUUUUCGAAUCCGAAUCGACACAUCCUUACAACGAAUAUAGCUGGGAGAUGAACCAAAUAAAUCCUUGGUUAUCGGCCUGCGAUCUGGCGGGCCCAGCGCCGGCCGAUCUUCAGGGUAGCUGCGGUCCACCGGAAGUACCGAAAUAUUGUCCGGUCGCCUGUGUGGCAAGCUCGAAGGGAAACGGCGGUAAUGGAAACGAUGCCGAGUUCGUCGAGGUGAUCGAAAAGGUCAGGGUCACCGGAAGGAAUUGUUAUUGGUCGACCGGUGGAAAGAAGGAGGCAACGACAAAGACAGCAGUGGCGGAAUCGGAACGGUUCGACUCGAGUUCGAUAAAGUCGUCCGGGACGGACGGCGGUGAGGUGGCGAGUGACAAAAAGGGAAGGACCGAUCGAGAGAAAGCCGAGGGCGUACGGAUGGAUCCGGAACAGUGCCUUUUUUAUCUCGAGGAGUCACAUAAGAGGGACAUCUGUCGGGAUGAUUUUGGCCGGACCAGUACGCGAAGUUUUUUAACCCCGAGGGAGAAUCGAUAUUGGUUCAUGAGCGGGUUGCGUCUGCGGCACUGCUGCGACCACGCGGUGGUCAACGCCCUGGCACCUGGCAAGGGUGGUCCGCUCGAGAAUGUGCUAAACGGUGGCCAGAAGUGCGUCGAUGCCCUGGACAAGCUGUUGCACGCCGAUGUGUUAGCCGCAAGAUUGCAUUGUGAGUUCGAGGAAGUGCUCGCGCGAUACGACUGUGCACAGCCCUAUUCGGUCAUCUUCAACUGCACCCACUGCAAGGAAGCGUAUAGGAAAUGGGUGUGCAGCUCCCUGGUGCCUUACUUUGCUCAUGGGGAACCACAGGACUUGAAUAGCUCCAACAACUGGGCCGGAAGCAGACUUAGGCCCUGUCGGUCCUUUUGCCAAUCCGUGGAGCAACGUUGUCCCUAUUUACUUCCGGGUGAUCGUGCUCCCGCCUAUCCCACGCAAUACGCCGGCGAACCCACUUUUCUUUGCAGAGAUCCGAAUAUCCCCGAGACCGGAGAGCAAGCCGCGAGGGCAUUGCACAGCAGCGAAGAGAACGAGUGCUGCUUUCACGCGUGUUCCGAGGAGUUGCCGGGAUCGGGUAUUUGCGCGAAUUGCACGGACAAGGAACCACGGAGACGCGGCAACAACCACGAUCCUCCAACGGCACCCCGUUGCGAAAUUAAUCCCAUUCGACCGGCUUCCACAGGUGGAGGAUACGAAGAAUCGGGAUUCACGGACAGCAGCCUGGAGCGCGAACAGAGACACGACUCGUCCACUUACUCCGCAGCUGCGUCGAUUUCGAGUACGGGGCGGCAACAGGGAACGUUGGUGUGCGGAACCGGCGAUGGCGUCGACUCGAUCGCCAGCGUUUCCUCCUCCGAUCGAUCGGCAGCUUCGAUCCUUCCGCAACUCUUCUGGCUAUGCUCCGUUUUAACCAGCAUCCUCGGCAACGUUCGAACGAUUCCCGUCCUCUGGAUCGUCAAGAUCCUUCUGUGGCCGGUCGUGCCGCUCGAUGGCAACGAGGGUAGCGAUGGUCGCGAUCACCGUGCUAAUCGUUGCGGUAGCGAAUCAAAGUCGAAGAAAACGAGCGGCCUGAUAGACAUCGUCGUCUGGUUGCGCCGUUGCUUUCGCGGCAACUACGUCGGCGCGCGUUACCGUGCGAACCGGUUGCUGGAAAAGUGGAUAUCGACGACAAUGACGGAGACGGUGACUGCGACGUGUCGUGCCUCACCGAAAUGCGGCAAACCGGUAUAA